CUUAAAAUGUUAAGAGGGGAUUUGGAAGGUUGGAAGAAAGGUUAAAAAAAAAAAAAAAAAAUGGAAAGUGGUAAAAAGAUCUAAGUUAAAGACUUGGAAAUAAUAGAGAAAAACCAGACAUGUCUGGCACAAUGGGAAAUGGAAUGUGAAUGCAGGGAGAGAAAACGAAUGAUGAAGAAAAUGACGUGUUUAAAAACUGAAAAACCUGACAUUGAAACACAGAAUAAUCCAUGUGUGUCUUCUCCACUGUAUCCAUCCCUGACAGGCGCAGGCGGUCCUCUCCUGAACACGUGUUAUCAAAUUCCUGCACCACCUCCAGUCCAACAAUCACCACCACCGUACAACCCCGAUCCUACGGUUGGCAGACCUGUAACACGCAGUCAAACCCGGCUGGGAGACCAGGGAGGUGCAGACGUCAAAUCAUGCUCACCCCUCAACCCAUUGAGACCUGACCCCACAGCUCAGUCCACCCCGGACUCUGCGUGGUCAAUCCACGACCCAUCCCCCUGGAGGGGCACAGCUAGCAGAAUUGUGGAUUUUCUUAGUCCUAACACCACCAUGGACAGUAAACUGGACGGGUCUUAUAUUCAAGCCCCCAUGUUUCAGGUUCCAGGGCCAUAGGAUGGACUACCUGCCUCCCAUCUGCCCACCAUAAAAAAUGGCGUGGCUUUUGGAAAAGAGUUCCUGACGUUAUGCAAAGACAUAACAGCCAUCUGUGCUGCUGUGGUUGCGGCCUUCCAAGUCAACAUGGCACUCAUCAACAGCACGAAACAAGGUAAAGCCGAAGAUGUAACGUCUUACUAUCAGCGUCUUGUGGCUGCCUUUCAGAUUCACAGCGCUCUCGAGGAGCCCACAGACAUAACCAACAUGACUGUGUGGGAAACUCAUCUCAAGAACGCCUUCAUGAACGGGCUUCUGCCAGACGUCAAAACUGCCACUGAACGCUCUGUCGUGGGUCUGGAAGAUGCAAGGCUCACAGAAGUGGUAAAACAUGCACGACACAAUUAUAAAAUGCAUGUGGAAAAUCAAAUGUGUCGAGACAAACGCAGAAAGCAGACAGGGGAGAAAGUCACGCUUGCGAUGCUCCAAGCCGUAAAACAGUUGACACUGGGUGCAGAAGGAGGACGAGACCCCCACCCAUCCGGAAAUACUUAUGGGAGGGACCAACAGAGAGGACGAGCGUAUGGAAUAAAUCAUGGGAGAAGAGGGCGUUUUCAAGGAGGGGCCCCACGAGAAGUGCAACCCGAUGAAUGCUUCCUCUGUGGCAAAACAGGACAUUGGUACAAAGACUGCCCCUACCGUUCAAACCAGGUACGUCAGCCACGUGGACGACAGCGCCACUCCGGGACUGACAGAGGGGGUCAACAAUUCGGCACAUCAGACUGACUGUGUGUGUGGGAUGGAGAUUGCACGUGUGAAGGGAUGACUACUGCUGCCUCUCCAAAACAGGGAAGUGAAACACACCACGCACACCCACACACACACACACACACACACACACACACACAAUGCUGCAAUGAAGAAAUGCUUCCUCGCACGCACACUGCAGAACAGCAUGCUGUUUUGCACAGCAUCAUUUCUCACUUAGAGCAACAGCAACAGAAUACAUCCGCACCACCGCCACUCACGUAUGCUAUGUUUUCAUCAGAUGCAUACAAAGAUAUGCCAACUACAAGAGUAAUUGUGGAAGGGAAAGAAUUGGCGUUUUUAGUAGACUCCGGAGCUACUCAUUCAGUAAUUCAAGAAAAACCUUUCCAAAUCAAAAAAAAAUGAGUGGGCGAUAUGUAUAUUCUCAAGGGGCUUCUGGUUUGACUGUGACAGAAAAAUUUACUGCACCUAUGACGAGUGUACACUCUGACGAGACUGACCUAAACCCUGACAUAAAAGUAAAACUUUUUUUUUUUUUUACUCUCUUCACUCUGUCCCAUAAAUCAGAUGGGCAGAGACUUGAUGUGUUCAUGUGGUAUUUGUUUGACGUCAUCUCCAGACGGCUAUUUUGAAGGGACAUUUUUCAGGCCCUCAAUGAUGCAAUUGCCUGUUCUACUUUGUACUGGUCGACUUGUAAAUCUGCUGUGUCUCUGUUUCUCUGUCUCCCACACAGAAAGAACUGUUUCAAGUUCCCGGCUCCUAUCCCCAUGUCUCACUGUCUAAAGGACGCCUUGACCAAUGGAGGGAUUUGGGACCAUUUGUGGCUCAGUGUGAAUCUCUCACUGACUGGGAGGAGACAAUCGAUCCGCUCGUUCUGCGCUCCGCCUCUACAGGGUAGACAGAACUCACUGUGUACACUGUUGCGUAUUUCUCCGCAAAACUCGACCCUGUCGCUGCAGGACUGCCACAAUGUUUGCGCGCUGUGGCCGCGGCUGAAAAGGCACUCACUAUAGUGGGUUACGCACCACUCACUCUGCUCGUUCCGCACGCGGUUUCUUUGAUUCUCCUCGAACAGAAAUCAUCUCACCUCUCUGCGGCUCGCUAUUUGCGUUACCACACGUGUCUCCUGGACAUGCCGAAUGUCACUAUAAACGUUGUACUAACCUAAACCCUGCAUCAUUACUUCCUAUUCCUGGGGAUGGGGAGGACCACAACUGUUUGGCUGAGCUCCAAGCUCAGUGCACUCCUCGCCCUGACCUAGUGGACACUCCAUUGCCUAACAGCGACAUGGUAAUGUCCUCUGCCAUGUCACCUCUCAGCCCAGGCAGCCGAGCUCAUCGCUCUGACUGAGGCCUGUAAACUGGCUAAGGGUAAAACAGUCACAGUUCACACUGACUCUCGCUAUGCGUUUGGUGUACUACAUGAUUUUGGGGUGCUGUGGAAACACAGGAACUUCCUUAAACCCGACGGCAAGCCGUGUUUACCUAAACACUAUUUUGCUCAUUAUGCUAAGUUGACUCAUGGGUUAGACCAUGUGUCAAAAGGGGGAAUGUUACGUGCACUUAAUGAGACGUGGUUUACAAAAGGGUUCACAGCAUAUGCACAAAAAUUCUGUUCUGCAUGUGUCACCUGUUCUACUCACAAUGUAGGCAGGCCCGUGGGCGUGUCCAGCCAGGCUGCACACCCACCACCAACCCGCCCGUUUGAGCACAUUAUGAUGGAUCUUGUGGAGUUGUCUCCAUCACAAGGUAAGAAACACUGUCAAGUGAUGGUGGACAUGUUUUCCAAGUGGGUUGAGGUUUUUCCAUCAAGCAAACAAACCACUACAAUAGUAGCCAAGGCCCUAAUUUCUGAAAUCAUUCCUCGAUGGGGCAUUCCUUCUAAAAUAUCAAGUGACAAUGGUUCUCAUUUUGUCAACCAGGCCAUUACAGAAUUAAGCGCAUACCUGGGUAUUGAUUUAAAACCACACUGCGCAUACCAUCCAGCCAGUGGAGGGGCUGUGGAACGAGAAAAUGGCACACUCAAAACCAAAUUGGCAAAAUGCUGUGCAGACACAGGUCUGCCCUGGACAAAAGCCCUGCCUCUAGUGUUGAUGUGCAUGCGCAUGAGAAAACCAACACGAAGCUACCUGAGUCCCUUCGAGAUAUUGUUUGGUUUUCCUCCUCACGUAGGAACCGAGGCACCGAUGGCACCACUCCCUUCAACCGCAUUAUGCGAACAUGAAAUGUUAAAAUAUUGUGCACAACUGUCUUCUGCUCUGUCUAACAUACGACAACAGGUUGCAGCCGCCCUUCCAAAACCAGCUGAAGGACCACUCCACAAGCUGAAACCUGGUGACUUUGUGAUGGUGAAAGACUUCAGAAGAAAAAACUGGAAAGCACGACGCUGGCAGGGACCAUUCCAGAUCCUCCUUGUCACCCAAACAGAUGUCAAAGUAGAUGAGAGGGCAACUUGGGUCCACGCGUCCCAUUGCAAGAAGGUUCCAGUACCAUCAGUGGGCUCAGGCGACCCUACCCCCACAACAAGUGUCAAUCAACCGACACCACCGUUGCAGUGACC